AUGAUUACAACGAGCGCGAUCCCUAAGGAAUGGGCGGACAAACCAUGGCCUCUCAUCACCACCCCCCAAUGUCAGGGCCACGAUAUCCACUCUCACUUCUCCGUUUUCAUGGCUACCGACAUGUGUCACGUCCACAACCUUUUUAUUCGUUCAAUGAAUAGUAUCUAUCGACAGUCACCCUACGUCACCAAACCAGCCGACGUUGCGGAUCUUUUGUUCUACACCAAAUGUCUUGUCGACUGCAUCAACGCCCAUCAUGACAGGGAGGAGAAAUACCUCUUCCCCAGGCUUAUCGAAUACACCAAAGACCCGGAUAUUAUGGCCGUCAACCAAGCUCAACAUGCGCAGUUCCAUGGGAGGGCGUUCCAGGGGAUUAUCGAUUCAUUUGUGACACCACUCUUCCAACAUCUCAGUGAGGAGAUAGGGACCAUUCUCGCGCUGAAGAGCUUCCCAAGCCAGGAUCUCAAGUUGCUCUGGACCCGGGCUGAAAAACAUAUCAAUAAGGUUGGCAGCUUCGAUGAGAUGUUUCCUCUCGCAUUUGGCUGUAUUGAUAACGGGUUUGAAGCGGGACAGCAUAAGUUUCCGCCGGUGCCGAAAGUGGUCAACUUUGUAGUUAAAUAUUGGUUUGCAAGAAAGCAUCAGGGAGCCUGGAGAUUUAAUCAUUGUGAUAUGUGGGGAAAUCCCCGGCCGUUGUAUUUCUUACCGGAGGGAGAAAGGGAACUAGCGACCUAG